AUGUCAACCGUCGAGCUCAUCGCGACAACUCUGGACACGGCCCCCGAUAGUUGGAGAGAUCAUCUGCAAAGCAUCCGAAAUGUCACUGCGUUCUUGGAGUUCAGCGAUACUCAUCCAGAUGAAAGCCGCAGGCAGUGGCAGUUGCCGCUCAUGAAUGUGUUUCAGCGCGUGGCUUAUGCCGAUGCGGACUCCGGUGGCGUAUCUGACAUUGGCAAUUGGUGUCUGAAGCAGGAAGUAACCCUGCUCCAUAUCUAUCCAGAAGAUAUCGAUCUACUUACCCUCAUCGGUCAGAACUGGCUGCAUCGCGCUCAGAAGUCCCUUGCAAAGAUACAUCUUUCUGAGCGAAGCUCUACCAGCAGCGGAGGGAGCCAAUAUGUGGAACUCUCUGCCAGUGAAGAAGACAGACAAACCAAAAGAAGCAACGCAGAAGCCGAAUGCCGAUUAUACAUGUCGGAUUACGUUGAAGCUCGGGGAGUUUUGCUACCGGCUGUUGAAUACCUGAAACAUGCAGUAGACACGGCUCGCACGCAAGACAAGAUAACAGGUGAAUUGUUGUCUACUGUGAGUCGCGGUGCACACCAGCUCCAAACCCUCAUCGCUCACGCAUAG